AUGAGUCGUCCGGAGCACUUAGCUCCGCCUGAGAUCUUUUAUGGCGAUGUAGAAGCGCGAAAAUACACAGCCAAUACUCGCAAUCAAGAAAUUCAAGCAGAUAUGACCAUACGAGCUAUUGAGCUUAUGGCUCUGCCGGAGCACCGCAAGCCUGGCCUGAUCUUGGAUAUUGGCUGUGGCUCUGGUCUCUCCGGAGAAAUUCUGACAGAAAUGGGAUAUGAAUGGAUUGGAUUUGAUAUUAGCCCUAGCAUGCUGAGCGUCGGCCUGGAGCGAGACGUCGAAGGUGACAUGAUCUUGUCUGAUGCUGGUCACGGAUGCAUGUUCCGGCCGGGCAGUUUUGACGGUGCCAUUAGCAUUUCUGUCCUUCAAUGGCUUUGCAAUGCUGAUACUAGCUAUAACUCUCCUGCAGGGCGAUUAAGCACAUUCUUUUCUACAUUGUACGCAUGUUUAACUCGCGGCGCUCGAUGUGUGUUCCAGUUUUAUCCUGAAAGUGAUGACCAAGUGACUUUUAUAAUGAGCCAAGCAACAAAGGCCGGUUUUGGUGGCGGUCUGGUCGUUGAUUACCCAAACUCAGUCAAGGCUAAGAAAAUUUACCUGGUUUUGUGGGUUGGCGGUGAAAUGAUGGUAGGUCCCAAUGGUGAGGGCCAAGGAGUAAAGCAGCAGCUUCCUCAAGCACUCGACUUUGAUGAACACACUCCUACUGUGAAGAAUGAGUCGCGGAAGGCUGUGGAUGAGCGCCGGUUACGACACCGUAAAAACAAGAACUUGGAAUCAAAUAAAGACUAUAUUAAGCGCAAGAAGGAACUCAACAGGUUGCGAGGCAAAGAGCAUGUGCCUCAUGAUUCGAAAUACUCCGGCCGACGACGUCGCCGCAUGUAG